AUGGACAUCUUCGUGCAUGGCAUACCGCCGACCACCACCCCGAAGCAGCUGAAGCGCUUCUUCACCGGCCCACUCCACGACUGUGGCAUCGACGUCUUCCAUGUCGAGCAGCUGGGUAAACCGACUCUGGCCAACAUCACCGUUCUGGAUGCCAAGGCUGGAGAGAUCUUCCUCCAUCAUUAUGGCGUGCCCGCAAACGCACCGCGCCAUGUCAUGGCUCGACGUCGACUCCAUAUGGGUGGAUCGUUCAUAAAAUGUUGCAGGAGUCGCCACGAACCCAGCGAUAUCAGUCUGCAAAGCUUGCAGCACGAGUUGCAGCAGCAGAAAACAACGACUGCCCACCCCGCUGCCGCCGCUCCGCCCAACAACGCCCACAAUCAACAGACCGCCAACAAAUUCAGCAUCAGUGAACUGCAGUGCGGCGUCUGGGACUAUUCGGGCGAGAGUCAGCAACAGCGCUCACAUCUGGCCUUCAUCCCUCACUACACCGAUGUUCGACGUGGUGAGAUCACGUUCGGCAUGAGACAAGCCAUCAUCAUGAUGCAGAACCCUCCUGGAGGUGGCAAGCAACGCAUUGAUGUGAACUACUGCGAUUUGCAUGACAUUGUCCUUGGCGGAUACGAGGCUCCUACUGUCACGUUCAAUUUGACUGUGGCUCCCAAGAUCUACGAUGUAAAGGACCUUGAUCUGGCCGACCUCCUGCAGUCCAUCAACUUGGGCGGCUCUCGUACUCCCAAGGCUCCGAAAAAGACACGGCUUCCUACCAUGAACGUUUCCCAUGCGAGAGCUUCGGCAACUUGCUGGGUGUAUCGAGUCACCCUGCACGACCUAAAGCAUCUUCCACUUGUGCGCAACUUACUCGCCAAGAACCCAAGGAUGUGCUCGGUGCUGUCACUCAAGACAACAACGGAGUACCCACUCGAACCCCUAGACCGAUCUUUUCGCCGACUCGAGUUCGAAUUGACAGAUCAGCAUCUCUACGGAUCGAAGCCGUGGAUGUUACGUUUUCAGAUCUCUCGACUAGCCCGAAACGGGCUUUUAUCCCCCGUGAAGGUCCUUGCCAUUCUCCCAACUAUCUCAAAGGUCUACGAGACUCAUGGGCUCAAUCCCACGGUGUCUGCGCUUCGGCGACUUGGCCGAGAUCUGAAGCACUUUCCGCCUGGCCCAGCUUCUCAAGCGCAGGACUUCUCACUGGAAGCACUUGGCGACUUUCUUGAAGACUAUGCUGCCAGUUAUGAUGCCCUCGACCCGGAGAACCCCUACGAGCUUGCUAAGCGACACACCCACAUCAACCUGAUUCACAAGAUUGUCGUUACGCCUGCAGGUACUUACCUCGAAGGCCCAGAACCCGAGCCGACGAAUAGAGUCCUGCGUUACUACUCGGACAACACAGAUCGGUUCGCUCGAGUCAUCUUCAGGGACGAAGACGGCAUCGCAGUCAGGCAUGACCCCAGGGCCGACAAUAGCCUGGUCUAUCAUCAGCGGUUCAAGGAAGACGUACUCGCCAAGGGCAUAAUGAUCUGCGGCCACCUGUUCGACUUCUUGGGCUUCGCCAACUCUUCUCUCCGCGUACAGUCCGUCUGGUUCAUGGCGCCACUGGUCAAUCGAUUUUUGAGGCUGUCAUUCGCCGAGCACAUCUUGAAAGAGCUGGGAGACUUUAGCCAUAUCCGAGUGCCUGCCAAGUGCGCCGCAAGGAUAGGGCAGAAUUUCACCGACACGAAUGCCACUGUCGAACUUGACCCCAGUCAACAAUCCUGGCUUCCUGUAAUUACACGCAACGGGCGAGACUUCAGCGAUGGCGUGGGUACUAUUUCGCAAGAACUGCUGUACAAGAUCUGGCGCGUGUAUGGAACGAAGCGACUCUUGAAGCCCACUGCGUUGCAAAUUCGCUUUCAGGGAUGCAAAGGCAUGGUCUCGCUGGACUCGCGGCUUCCCGGCGAAUGCCUGAUGCUUCGUUCCAACAUGAAGAAGUAUGAGACUGAAGCAGUCUGGAAUUUGGAGAUAUGCGGUGCGGGCUUUCGUCCUCUACCCAUGUUCCUGAAUCGCCAACUGAUCAAGAUCCUGGAGGACCUUAGCAUACCGUGUAACGUCUUCACGGAUCUGCAGGCAAAAGCGAUCAACAAGUUGCAGUGCAUGACGGAUUCCUCGAUCAACACUGCCCACUUGCUUGAAGAAAUGCAGAGCCCUAAAGCUACCAAGCUCCCGACUUUGAUACGCCUUAUCGGUCAGCUUGGGCUUGACUAUCAGCAAGAUGAGUUCCUGUGGAAGGUCGUACAAAUGUCCGUCGUGGCUCAGCUACGGGCUGUCAAGUACAAAGGUCGCAUCCCUGUCGACGAGGGCAUGACUCUGUAUGGUGUUGUGGACGAGACCGACUACCUGCGAGAAGGCGAGAUCUUCGUUAUCACCGAGAAGGCACCAGAGGGAGGCAAGAGAGUCCUUGUUCAGAACAACGUCGUCAUCACACGAUCGCCGGCCAUGCAUCCUGGCGAUGUGCAAAUUGUGAGCGCAGUCGAUGUGCCAGCGCAGUCGCCUCUUCACAAAUUGCGCAAUGUCAUUGUCUUCAGUCAGAAGGGCGACCGCGAUCUUCCCAGUCAACUCAGCGGCGGCGAUCUCGACGGUGAUCUUUACAACAUCAUGUGGGAUCAAAACCUCAUUCCAAGAACCACGUACCAGGCCGCGGACUAUCCCCGACUCAAUGCCAAGGAACUCGAUCGGGAGGUCAAGUUGAGAGAUAUGAUUGACUUCUUCAUCGACUUUUGCGAGUCAGACCAGCUGGGUAAUAUUUGCGUCCAACACAUGAUUCUCGCUGAUCAGCGCUCCACCGGAACCCUUGAUCCUGACUGCAUCAAACUCGCCGCAUUAGCUUCGACUGCCGUUGACUUCUCAAAGACUGGCAUACCAGUCAACAUGAGGGAAGCCCCUAAGCCACCAAAGUGCCGUCCAGACUUUAUGGCCCCAAGUCCAAGAAUCGUGGUGUCGCCGGAGGGAUUUCUCGAUCUUGAGGAGGACGACCGAGAAGAUGACGAUGCACUUGAAGGAAUUGACUCUGAGCUGAAGCCCCAUCGUUACUACACAAGCAACAAGACCCUCGGCGUGCUGUACCGCAACAUUGACGAGGGUGAAUUUCUCGACAACAUGCAGAGGGCUCGUCGCAACCGCAUGGCUAUCCAGGCCAGCAACAAGACGAACGGGCUCCUAAGCGCAUUGUUACGCUAUGUCCAGCACUGGGCAACUCAGUACGGCAUCAUAUACGAACACCACAAGCAGUUGGCUGCUGAGAUUCGCGCUGACUACGAAGACAAGCUGGUAACGAUGUUGUACGACUACGAGCCUUCACCUCACUCGCCGCUCUCGGAAGCUGAGGUGUUUGCUGGGGAAAUUCUAGGACGGCAAUCCGGUGCCCAAGAUCGCCAACUCAAGGAGUUGAGCAAGACCAUGCGCGAGCGAUUCGACACCACGGUUCAGUUCAUUGAAGCACGCGUGACGAAAGGCGAUGAUGCCAUCCACGAUGCGCAGGACUUCGAGGAUCUGUACGAUGCCAAGUACGACGAGCGUGAGUUCGAAGCCCUGCCGCGAGCUGUCGCUUGCCUGUUCGUGGCUGUCAAGGAGAAGGGCUACGGUGACAAGAAGCUUGGAGAACUGCAAAGUUUUCGAUACAUUGCUGCGGGCGUUUGCUUGAGGGAGUUGCAGCGGUACCGCAUCACGACAUUCGGCAGUCAUUCUGGCCUGCCGCCGAUGGUCUGA